AUGGUUCUGGAAAGCCCUGGACCUUGUUACUACGUGGAUCCUAGCGUUUCCCGUUUAGGGAUAUGGAGGCCGGUAUCAUUCGUCAUGCAACAGCGAGGAAAGAGCGCAGAUAUAGUGACCACUCCUUCUCCGAAUGAGUAUCACGUGGAGAAAUUGCACCCCAUCGAUGAACCCAAUGCUCCAGCGUAUAGCAUCAGUGCGCGAACGCCCUAUUGGUUGAACAACCCAACUCCAGCUCCCAACAAAUACGCAUUGCCUCCGACCCUGGGCCCCAAGGUGCCCAAUAAAAGGGCAGCUCCCUGCCUGUCAAUCUCUUCCAUCGCUCCUGGACGAAAUUAUAUGCUGAGAACAGGGCCUGGCCCAGCCGCCUACACUAUUCCAGAGCCAGACAUUUACUUGCGACAUCAGCCAUCCCAUACAAUGUCUCAAAGGUUUAUUCCAUCCAGCAAGGAACAUACACCGGGCCCGCUGGACUAUGGUGUAGAACAGGUCACCCUCCACAAGCCCAGAGCCCCAUGCUUCAGCCUGGGUGUUCGCCACUCCGAAUACGCCCAUGGCACUCCUACGGUUUGCCUGAUCCAAGAGUGA